AGUUUGAGCUGCCGCAAUGGGGAAAGACGCGGCUCCAUCCUUUGUUCAGAAGCCUGCCCUAGACCAGUCAGAUGACGGGCAGAUCCUUAUCUUCACCUGCAAGAUUGCCGGAAGUCCACAGCCAGACUUCAAAUGGUCUGUGGACGACAAGUCCAUCAAAGAUGGGGGCAGAUAUGCCACAUCGGUGAAAGCCGACGGUGAUGUUUUCGUUGUCAAAAUGGAGAUCGCCGACAUCGUAGCGCAGGACGAAGGCAACUACAAAAUCGUCGCCUCAAAUAAAAUGGGGACCACGAGUGCAACUAUUGCACUCAAAUUCGGCGACGAAGAAACAGAAAUGGAACAAGAGGCCGGCCCCGGUAAAGACGGAGGCAGGGGGAAACCGCCCAACUUCACCAUGAAACCCGCCAUGAAACAAUCGGACGACGGUACCAAGUUGACUAUCGAAUGCAGCCUGGAGGCCGACCCCGCGCCGACCAUCGAAUGGAGGCGCAACGAGAAGAUCCUCAAGGACAGCGGACCCGGGGGUCACCUCAAGCUCCGGGAGAAAAACGACGGCGACUUCUUCUACCUCUCGCUCGAGAUCAAUGACGUCACAGAGGCUGAUGGAGGAGACUACAAGAUCGUCGCCAAGAACCAACUUGGUACCGCCACCAACACCAUCAAACUCAACUUCGAGAAACCGGGAGGAGCACCCAAGUUCACCAUGGCACCAAAGAUCAAGCAACAACCAGACGGAACGAUCCAAUUCACAUGCGAACUCCAAGCCGACCCGAAGCCGACCCUAAACUGGUUCAAGAACGGCACCGCUGUCAAAGCUGGCGGCAGAAUCAAAAUCGACGUUCAAGAAGAUGGCGAUUACUACGCUAUCUACCUCGAUAUCAAAGACGCAGCUGAUGCAGACGCUGGAAAAUAUGAAAUCCAAGCCAAGAACAAGUUUGGAGAAGCCAGCUCGACGAUUACACUCAAUUUUGAAGGAAGUGGACAAGAACCAGCUAAAGCACCAACUGCUGGGGGACCAACGUUUGUCGGACAUCCAACGAUGCGCCAGAGCAACAACGGCCACACCCUCACCUUCGAGGCUGUGCUUGAAUCUGGACAAGACCCCCAGGUCAUUUGGAGCCUCGGCAACACGGCCAUCCAAGAUGGAGGACGCUUUGCCAUCAAGAAGGCAGCAGCUGGCAAGAGGUACACCUUGACCUUGACGAUAGACAAAGUCACACCCAAGGACGGAGGCACCUACGUGAUCUAUGCAGCCACCAAUGCCGGAGACUCCCAUGCGACCAUUAACUUGAACUUUGACAUCAAAGAUGCCAGCAGAGAGGGUGCACCAACAUUUAUUGAGAAGCCAACCAUCAAGCAGGAGGAUCAGGGUCGUAGAGUAGUCUUUGAGGUCAAGCUGAUGGGCGAUCCAAAGCCAAACAUCAAGUGGCAUUACAAUGACAGGGAAAUCAAAGAGGACAAGAAGUACAGGAUGAGAUCUCAAACCAAGGGUAAAGUAUACCUUCUGACCCUUGAGGUGAACAAUGGUUCCAACACCGACUCAGGAAACUACAUAGUGGUUGCAGAAAACGAGAAUGGCAAGGCCACAUCCACCAUCAACCUCAAGUUUGAGCAAGCUCCUGGAUCCAAGUUUGGUCCCAAGAAAUUCAACCUGCUACCGGAGGUGGAGCCCUCAAUGCAGAUUGACUUCGGGGAACCUCUCAUCGAGCUAGACCUUGGCCAACUCGGCAAGGCCAUCCAGCUCGGUGGUGAGCUUGACCAACAGAUUGAGGUCACAAGCGAGGGCCCCGAGGCAGUCACUCCGCUCAUUGAAGAGGCUGCCCCUCAGAAACCAGUGGUCAUCGAAGAGCUCAAAGACCAGGAUGUGAAAGAUGGCAGCCGUGUCAGUCUUCGUGUCAAGAUCACCGGCAGCCCAACCAAGGUCACCUGGUACAAAGAUGGCAAAGAAAUCAAGGAAAGCAAGGAAAUCAGGACGAGUCAGGCUGGUGAACUCUAUCUGCUGGAACUCUUGGAUGUCCUGCCAGAAGAUACAGGAGACUACAGUGUUGUGGCGUCUAACGCUGCGGGAGAGACGAAGUCUGUGUCCGCAGUCUUUGUUGAAGACUCACUUGAACCAGGCAAGAGCAAGCCAGGUAAAAAGCCGGUUGAAGAGGCCAUCACCCCAUCUGGUCAGCAGGGUGUCGAGUCCGCACCACCCGGUGUUGAGGAGGUGAUCGGUUCCCAAGCUACCCCAGGAACAGAAAGUGCUACAGACUGGGAGUUUGCAGAAUCAUCAGGUGAUGUCCCUGUUGAGAGACUUGGAGAAGCCUUGGAAGGAAUGGAAGGAAAGAGAAAGAAGAAGGACAAGGGUCCAGUUGAUAUCUCACCGUACUUUGUUGAGACACCCAGUAAAUGCUCCACUCCCGAAGGUCAGAAUGUGAAAUUUGAAGCCAUGGUUGCUGGUGAACCUACCCCAUCAGUCAAGUGGUUCAAAGGAAAGAACGAGAUCAAAGAUGGAAUGAAGGGAAGAUAUGCUGUGAAGUACAAUGAAAAGACGAGGGUCCACUCUCUGGCGAUAAAGAAUGCCGACUCGAUGGACUCUGGAAAGUUCUCCUGCAAGCUCGAGAACGAGCACGGCAAGGACGAGCGUGUCUUCUCCCUAAUGGUCACACUCGAAGGGGAAGAGGAUGAAGAAGGAGAAGAGAAAGCACAAUCUGAUGAACUGGACUUUAGGGCUCUUCUCAAACACAGGGAGGUCGAAAGAAGGGAAUCCAAGGUCGCGGAACCGGACUGGGGUGACUUGAAAGAGACCCCUGGACUGAAGGCUAAGCCUGUCCAGAUUGUCAUGCCCUUGAAGGAUGUCAAGGUCAACGAGAAGGAGGGCCGCAUGAAACUUAUGUGCGAGGCCAAGUUUGAGGGCACCAAGCCCAAGUGGUUCAAAGAUGGCAAGGAGAUCGCCCCCAGCAAGAAGUGCCGCAUGAAGGCCGCCAAGGGCGAGAUCGAGCUCACGGUCUACGACAUCGGCCCCGGCGACAAGGGCGAGUACAAGGUCAAGUUCGAUGACGGGACCGAAACCAAAUGCAAAGUGACCAUCGAUAAGCAUGUGUGUUUGGCACAGAUGAGUGAGCCGGAGUACAGGAAACUACAGAAGCAAGGACUCAUGCCCAAGGACGCUUCCAAGCCAAAGAUUGACUUCAUCACGUUGAUCAAGACGGUGGAGGUGGACGAGGGCGCCGACGCCAAGUACACGGCCGAGCUCAGCGGCGACAAGUUUGAGAUCACCUGGUUCAAGGACGGCAAGAAGAUCACCGCCAAGGACAUUCCCAAGUACGAGAUCAAGAAGCUUGGUCGCAAGCACUCCCUCGUUGUCAAGAAAGUGACAGCCGAGGACCAGGGAGAGGUCAUUCUCAAGGUCGACAGGCAGGAGUGCUGUGCUGGUCUGCUCGUCAAGGCCAAACCCAAGUUCCUUCAAGAGCUUAAGGAUAUCAGCAUCGUUGAGAAGCGCACUGGAGUCCUGGAAUGUGAGAUCACUGAUGCAGAAGCCAAGGUUGAAUGGACCAAGGACGGUAAGCCAUUCACCGGCAAUGAUCGCAUCAGACCUGAUGUGGAGAUGGGCGUCAGGAAACUCAUCUUUGACAAGGCCGAAUUCGAAGACAAGGGCAAAUACACUUGCAAGUUUGGCAAGCUGGAGUCCACAGGAAACGUAGCUGUUAUCGAGGCACCCAGCAUGUCGGCCAAGCUCGACCCAAUGUCCGAGGUCUUCGCUGGCGAGGACUUCGAGCUCCUGACCCAGGUCACGGCUCCCGAGGCCGAGGUCUUCUGGUUCAAGGACAACUUACCUCUGGAACCAUCGGACAAGUUCGAGGUCAUCUCCGACGGCAACACCAGGAAGCUUAUCAUCCACGAUGUCCAGCCCGAGGACAAGGGUCGCUACGCCUGCGCCAUGGACGAGGCCAACGCCACCUACACCAGCCUCAAGAUCCAGGAGAAGCCAAGUCUGAAGACAGAUACCCUCAAGGACGUGACGGCCAACGCCGGCGAGCAGGUGGAACUCUACCUGGAGAUCUCUGGCUCCCCCGCCCCAACAGUGGAAUGGUCCAAGGGCACCACCAAACUCUCGGAGGGUGACCGCAUCCAGAUCAUCUCCACUCCCAACGACGCCACGUUGGUGAUCAUGAAGUGUGCAAGGAGCGACUCCUCCGAGUACAGUGUCAACAUCAGCAACAAGCACGGAAGCCAGAAGGCCUCGGCCAAAGUCAAGAUUAUUGACCUUCCUGGAUCCCCUACUGAUGUCAAGGUGACAGCGUACAACGAGGAAACUGUCACCCUUACUUGGGAGGCCCCCAAGGAUGAUGGCGACUCUCCAGUCUCUCACUACGUGAUGGAAUACAAAGAGAAGAGGGCUACCAACUGGGAGGUGGCUGAAAGCAGGGUGCGUGACAAGACCUACCAAGUCACCGGUCUCACCGAGGGUAAGGAGUACCUCUUCCAGGUUUCUGCAGUGAAUUCUGUGGGAGCCAGCAAACCAACCCAGACCGACAAACCACAGCUGUGCAAGGAACCAUCAGAACCUCCUGAUGCCCCUGACGCACCCAAAGUCAUAGCCACCGCCAACGGUUGCAUCUCUCUGGAGUGGUCCAAGCCAGGAUUUGACGGAGGACGUCCCAUCACCGGCUACUUCUUGGAGAAGAAGGAGACCUCAAGCAACAGGUGGUCCAAGGCCACCAAGGAUGACAUCAACAAGACCAAGCACACCGUAACUGGUCUUACCCAGGGAUCCGAAUACCAGUUCAGGGUUUCAGCCAUCAACAAGGUCGGAACCAGUGAGCCUAGCAAGCCGAGCAAAGCUGCUCUUGCAAGGGAACCCAUUGAUCCUGCCUCUUCACCAGGAGAUCUUGUCGUUGGUGACAUCACCAAGGAUAAGAUCCCUCUUGAAUGGACCAAACCCAAGCAGGAUGGAGGCAGUCCUGUCCAGGGAUACCAUGUUGAGAAGCUCAACCCAGACACUGGCAAGUGGGAGAGGGUCAACAAAUCACCCAUCAGGGGAACCAAGUUUACUGUACCCGCUGAAGAAGGCGAAGACUAUGAUCUCCGAGUUGUGGCUGAGAACGAGGCUGGUCUCAGUCAGCCAUCCAACAAUACAGGAUCAAUCACCGCAAAGGAUCCUGAAAUCCCACCCAAACUUGAGCUGAAGAAUAUGCGUGACCAGACUGUGAAGGCGGGACAGACCUUCAAGCUCAACCUCAAGUUCUCAGGAACCCCCUACCCGACAGCCAAGUGGUCUCACAGCUCCAAAGAACUCGUUGGAGAUGAAAGAGUCAAGAUGCGAAGCACCCCAGUCGAGACUGAAUUGUCUACAUGGGGAGCAACCCGCGGAGACUCGGGUGGUUACACUGUCACUGUCCAGAACCCCUACGGUACCGAGACCGCCACUGCACAGGUCACCGUCAUAGACAAGCCGAUGCAGCCUAAAGCUCCACUGGAGAUCACCGACGUCUUCUCAGAGUACCUUACUCUCAACUGGAACCCACCCGAAGAUGACGGUGGAAUCCCCCUCGCCAACUACAUCGUUGAGAAGCGUGACGUCCGACGAUCAGGAUGGUCUGUCAUCAACGACACGACCAGGGACACCACUCUCAAGGUUACCCGUCUUGUUGAAGGCACAGAGUACAUGUUCCGUGUGGCAGCAGAGAACUCUGAAGGAGUCAGCAAGUGGCUUGAAGCUUCCAAGUCUGUCAUUGCCAAGAACCCUUAUGACGAGCCUAGUGCACCUGGUGUCCCAGAAGUCGUCGACUACGACAGGGACUUCGUCGAGCUCGAGUGGGCCAAGCCCAAGAAGGACGGCGGCGCACCCAUCGAAGGUUACGUCGUGGAGAAGCGAGAGGCAGGCGGAACUGGCCGCUGGCAGGAGGUCACCGUCAGCCCUGUCAAGGGCACCAAGUACAAGGUGAACAACCUUCCAACCAACAAGGAACUGGAGUUCAGGGUAGCAGCAGUCAACAAGGCAGGCACCGGCAAGUUUAGCGAGUGCUCGGCACCUCAGAAGACGAAACCAAAGUUUGCUCGCCCCGAACUCAAGGGAGACAAGCUGCGUGACGUCAAGAUUAAGGCAGGCCAGGAAUUCCUCCUUUUGGUCAACUUUGAGGGCGCUCCAACCCCAGAGAUCAGCUGGACCCUUAACGGGAACAAGGUCACUGGUUCAGACCAUCUGAAACUCACUAACGAGGAGGAACUGACCGAGAUCAAGGUCAAGAUGGCCGAGAGGUCGGACACCGGAACUUAUGAGCUCAAGCUGACCAAUGAAUCUGGUGAUGUCAAGACAAGCUGCAGUGUCGUCGUGCAAGACCGCCCAAGUCCUCCACGUGGACCUCUCGAGAUUUCUGAAGUCUAUGCUGAUAAAUGUUCGCUGGCAUGGCAGCCACCCGAAGAUGAUGGUGGCAGUGAUAUCCUGAAUUACAUUAUCGAGAAGGCCGAGGCCAAUGAUGACUACUGGUCCAAGGUAACUGGCUUCUGCCAGGAACCUAAGGGUACAGCCACCAAGCUCAACCAGGGAACCACCUACAAGUUCAGGGUCCGUGCUGAGAACUCAGCAGGAUUCACCAGCGAGCCCCUGGAAUCUGAACAGGUCAAGGCAAAGAAUCCAUAUGAGGCUCCAGCCUCUCCUGGCAAACCUCGCAUCCCAACCUACGACAAGACCACUGCAGACCUUGAAUGGGACGCCCCAUCGUCCGACGGAGGAGACAAGAUCAGCGGAUAUAUUGUCGAGAGGAGGGAGUCUCGCAGCACCCGCUGGGUGAAGGCGACCCGCGAGGCAGUCAAGGCAACCUCCUUCACCGUGACGAACCUCAUCACUGGCAGGGAGUACCUCUUCAGGGUGUUUGCAGAGAACAGGGCUGGCCUUGGAACCCCGAGUCCAGAGUCUGACCACCAUGUUGCCAAAGCUCAGUAUGAGGCGCCAAAGAUCGACACCAGUGGCUUUGGGCUUGGUGAUCUCCGUGUCAAGGCUGGAACCCGCUUCGACAUCAAUGUCCCAUUCGUUGGUGCUCCAGCCCCCGAGGUUGAGUGGCUGAAGGACAACAAGGAGAUGAAACCAUUGGACCGUUUCAACGUGGAUACCACCGAGUCCAGCUCCAACCUGGUCUGCUCCAGCGCUGAGCGUGGUGAUCAGGGUUCUUACCUGAUCAAGCUGGACAACAGCCGUGGAUCAGACAGCUAUUCAGUCAGUGUCGUCGUCUUGGACCGUCCCACUGCACCUCAAGGCCCCAUCGAGUACUCCGAGUUCACCAAGGAAUCAGUCCGUCUGUCCUGGAAGGCUCCAGAGCAGGAUGGCAACAGCGCCGUCUCUGGCUACUCUGUGGAGCGCCGCAGCCCCAAGAACGAUAUCUGGACCCGCGUCACAUCCAGUGCACCCACUACCAGCUGUGUGGUAAAGGACCUCACCUACCAGAAUGACUAUGUAUUCCGUAUCUGUGCCAUCAACCAGUACGGCACCAGUGAACCUCUAGAAGGACGCACAGUCAAGGUCAAGUUGCCGUUUGAUGAGCCUGAUGCACCUCCUGCACCAAAGAUCGAUGGCAUGACCCGCAACAGCGCAGACCUCUCCUGGGCACCUCCCGAUCAUGAUGGCGGCAGCCCUGUCACAGGGUACUUCGUUGAGUUCCGCCCAACGGACGCCAGAGAGUGGCAACGCGCCAACUCCUUCCCCAUCAGAGAUACAGUCUCUACAGUCCCCAACCUCAGGGAAGGCCUAGAAUACCAGUUCAGAGUUGUCGCCGAGAACGAUGCAGGAGAGGGCAAGCCCAGCCGCUCGUCUGAAGCUGCUGUCGCCAAGGAUCCAAUCCUUCCUGCCGACGCUCCAGGAAGACCAACCCUGGAGAAGGUGACCAAGGAUUCCGCAACCAUCUCCUGGUCCAAGCCCGUGUCUGACGGUGGAGCACCUAUCAAGGGAUACACCAUCGAGAAGAGGAAGACUGGACCAGGUCCCAAGGGAGAUUGGGCUCCAUGUCUUGAGGUGUCUCCCAAGGAAGAGUCUGCAGAGGUCCCAGACCUCAUUGAGGGAGAGGAGCUUGAGUUCCGUGUCAGGGCCAACAAUGAAGAAUGCCCAGGCAAACCAAGCGCCCCCACUCCAUCAACCAUCAUCGAGGAUAAGCCAGAACGUCCCAAGCUCGAUAUCGGCAACCUGGAGGACAUCAAGGUAAAGGGAGGUGAGAAGUUUGAGAUCAACCUUCCCCUGACCGGCUUCCCGGCCCCCACUGCCACCUGGGAGAUCGGAAGCUCGCCGGUCAAGGAGACUGGACGUGUCAUCAUCAAGACCGCCAGGACCUACACCAAGAUGACCGUGGACAGUGCCCAGCGCCAGGACGCCGGCCGCUACACCAUCAGCGUCAAGAACGCCUCCGGUUCUGACACCGCACGCGUCAAAGUUACCGUUCUUGCGGAGCCUGACUUACCCCAGGGCCCGGUCCAGGCUAGCGACAUCACCCCGGACAGCGUCACGCUGUCCUGGAAACAACCGGUUAACGGCCCAGAGGACGUAGAGAACUAUGUUGUGGAGAAGCGCGACCCGGACACCGGGGCCUGGAGUAAAGUCAGUAGCUUUGUGCCCUCCCCGCACUUCAAGGUCAAGAACUUGAAGGAGGGGGGAGAGUACCAGUUCAGGGUGUCGGCCGAGAACCAAUACGGUGUGAGCAAGCCGAUCAUGAGCGAGACCAUCGUCGCCAAGAAUCCGUUCGAUCCACCUGGCAUGCCAUCACAGCCAGAGGUGACCACAACGACCGCGACCACGAUCUCGAUCCAGUGGAAGAGGCCUUCGAGCGACGGUGGCGACCCCAUCGUCGGUUACAUCGUCGAGAAGCGCAAGGCCGAUACCGGCGAUUGGUCAGUGGCCACAAGGGCACCGGUCAAGGAUACGAGCUUCACGGCUUUCAAGCUUGCAGAAGGUACCAGCUAUGAGUUCCGAGUGAAGGCAGUCAACGAAGCUGGCCCAGGCAAGCCCAGCGAUGCUUCUGAUGCCAUUACAGCCAGACCACCACCAGUCAAGCCCAAGGUUGAUUCCUCUUGCCGCAACCGCGAGAUCAUCGCCGUUGCAGGAGAGAAGUUCCGUGUGGAGAUCUCCUUUGAGAGUUCGCCACCACCCAACAUCACGUGGUCCCGAAGCGACAAGAAUGGCAUCACUGUGGAACCAACCCGUAGGAUAACCUUCGAGGAUACUGAGCUUAGCACCAUCAUGGUCAAUAGUGAGGCCGAACGCGGCGAUGCUGGAACAUACGCAGUCACAUUCAACAAUGAGAAGGGAACCGACACAGCCACUGUUCGCAUCAUUGUAGUAGACAAACCGUCUGCCCCCGAGGGCCCGCUGGCGGCCACUGACGUCACUGCAGACUUCUGCAGGCUGUCAUGGAAACCGCCACAGGACGACGGAGGCAGCCGCGUUACAAACUACGUGAUCGAGAAGCAGGCUGCAGGACGGUCAGCAUGGACCAAGGUGUCUACCUACGUCCGGACCACCUCCUACGACGUGGUCAACCUGGAUGAGGGCUCUGUUCUCAAGUUCCGUGUGAUGGCCGAGAAUCAGUACGGUGUUGGUCCGCCUCUAGAGGGAUCUCAACCCGUCACCAUCAAAGAUCCAUUUGACCCACCUGAAGCUCCAGGCAAGCCCACUGCUGAUGAAGUUGAUCGUGGUUUCGUCAGGCUCUCCUGGACAGCUCCGGAGGCUGAUGGUGGAUCCCCCAUCAUCGGUUACAUCGUUGAGAAGAAGGAGAGGGAUGGAGACUGGAUACCGGUCAAUGACUACAACGUCAAGGAGACAACCCUUCCAGUCAGCAACCUCCGUGACACUGCAGAGUAUGAAUUCAGGGUCUUUGCUAAGAACAAGGCUGGAAAGAGUUCUCCAAGCCGAACCCUACUUGGUGUUGAACCCAAAGCUGUCAUUAACCCUCCUUCUGCCCCUGGUGUUCCAACUGCAUCAGACGUUGGCAGGGAGUCCGUUGACCUCAAGUGGGACAAACCAACUUCAGAUGGUGGAGCCAAACUUGCUGGCUACGUGGUUGAGAAGCGAGAGGAGGGUUCCCCAGAUUGGGAACCGGUCAGCAAGUACCCGGUCAGGGGUACCGGCAUCACCGUGGACGGGCUUGAACCGGGCAAGGGCUACGAGUUCCGGGUGAUCGCUGAGAAUGAGAUGGGAAGCAGUGAACCCGCAGUCACCGCUGCACCCAUCGAGACCCAGAAACCUAUCAAGGGUGUUGCUCCUUACUUUGAUGAGAAAUUCAAGGCUGUACAGUCCGCUCAGGGAGAAGAGGCCAAGUUUGAAUGCAAGGUCACCGGUACACCACAGCCAACCAUCAGAUGGUUGCGCAAGGGCGAGGAACUGUUUCCUGGAGCCAGGGUGAAGAUCAGGGAUUCGGACACCACCUACACGCUGAUCUUGACAGACCUCAGGGACUCUGAUGCCGGAGAGGUCGUCUGCGAAGCCACCAACAAGACUGGCACGGAGAAGUGCCGCGCCAAGCUUUCAGUCCUACUACCACCUAGCAUCCGUUCCGCACCCAGGAACGUAGAAACAGAGGUCGGUGAACCCUUCAAGGUCAAGAUUCCAUUCGAUGGCAAGGGUGAUUUGGAUGUCACCGUCCACAGAGGAAUCGAGAACAUUACAUCUGAUGGCCGAGUCAAGGCUAUCGUCUUUGAUGACUAUGUCCAGGUUGGAGUCAAGGGCGCCGAGCCUGAAGACAACGAGACUUUCAAGGUCACCCUUAGCAACAGUGUCGGCUCAGACUCCUGCACAUUUGACGUCAAAGUCUCAGAUAAACCUUCCGCACCUAAGGGACCCAUCGAGGUUGGUGAGAUCACAAACAACUCUAUCGCCCUCUCUUGGAAGGCACCAGCCAAUGACGGCGGCAGUCCAAUCAAGGGAUACACCGUGGAACGCAGGGAUGAGGAGAACCCAGACUGGAUCACAGCUGGUAGCUACCUUCCCAACACAUCCUUCACUCCAAGCAACCUGGUCAAAGGUCGUGCCUAUGAGUUCAGGGUCAUGGCGGAGAACGACAUCGGCCAGAGCAUUCCUCUCAAGACCAGGGAACCUAUUGUGGCUAAGGCACCAUACGACCCACCUGGUGCUAGCAGUAGCCCAGAUAUUUCUGAAGUUGGCAAGGACUUUGCCAGCAUAACCUGGACCAAACCCGAUGACGACGGUGGUAGUCAAGUCACUGGUUACAUCGUAGAGAAGACUGAAGCCGGAGCUGAGAGAUGGGCUCCAGUGAAUCUAAACCCUGUUCCAAUGAACUACUUCCUUGUCCCUAACCUUGUCGAGGGUAAGGAAUACGAGUUCCGCAUCGUCUCGGUCAACAGGGCAGGCAAGGGAGAGCCUUCUAUGCCCAGCCUACCGGUCACCAUCAGGGAUCCAAACCCUGUGGUCAAGCCCAAGUUUGAAGAACAAGUAAAGGAUGCCACAGGCAUCCAGGGUAAAUCUGUCAAAUUCAGCUGUGCAUUCUCUGGACUUCCCACACCCGAUGUCACUUGGUAUAAGGGAGAGAGGGAGCUCUUCAACAGUAACAAGUUUGAGAUCGAGACAUCGGAUACCACAUCCACUCUCGUCAUCAACGAGCUGGAGCGUGAUGACGAGGACGAGUUCAGUAUUGAGAUCAGCAACCCUGGCGGCAAGAAGACAAGCAGAGCAAUGCUCAACCUUAAGACCAAGCCCACAGUCAGGAUACCCUUGCGCUACCAGGGCGCCACUGUGACCUUCGCAAAGGGUGAAGAAGUCAACAUCAAGGUCGGCUUCUCCGGACGACCGAAGGCAGAGGGUUCCAUCCUCAAGGACGGCAGGUCCAUGACAAGGGGCAUGGAGAAGGGUGACAAGUUUGUCACGCUCCUCAUCAAAGAAGCGGAGAGGUCGAACUCCGGCAAGUAUACCUUCGUCGCGGAGAACGAAGUCGGUGACGACUCUGCCGACAUCGAUAUCUGCAUCACAGACGCACCAGAGAAGGUGAGCAGUGUCCGCUGCAACGACGUGACCCACGACUCCGUGGAGUUGACCUGGGUCAAACCCGAGGACGAUGGUGGCUACAGCCCCCUGACCUACGUCGUCGAUCGCAGCACCGACAACGGUUCCACCUGGGCAAGGUGUUGUUCAGCGAGCACCACCUCCGCCGUGGUCCAGUUCCUGGACACCAACAAGCCGUACAAGUUCCGUGUCCAGGCUGAGAAUAUCUACGGGCGUGGGGAGGGAACGGAGUGCUCGCACACCAUCACAAAGCCCGCUCCAGAGAAGAGGAAAUUUGUAGAAGAAGAAGAAGCUCCAGCCAGACCCAAAGUUCCACCUGUCAGAGACUAUGACCAAUGUGUUGAUGAAUCCUUCCAGCCCACCAGUUGUAAGGUUCGCCGUGGUAACGUAGAAGACAGGUAUCACAUAGGAGAAGAAAUCGGCAGGGGUCCAUUCGGUGUGGUCCACCGCUGCAUCGAAAGGGGCACGGGCCGAACCUUCGCAGCCAAGUUCAUGGACGUAGAGCCCAAGGACAAGGCCUUCAUCAAAGAAGAAAUCGAGGCAAUGAACCAGCUUCAGCACCCCAGGCUGCAGCAGUGCCACGACGCCUUCGACAUGGACGACAAGUUUGUCCUCAUCACUGACUUUGUAAGCGGUGGAGAUGCAUUCCAGAGAGCCAAAGAGAGAGGUACUCUCUCAGAAGAGGUGGUGGCUCGAUACACAAGGCAAGUCUGCGAGGGUCUACUACACAUUCACCUUCAAAAUCACAUGCAUCUUGCUCUCAGGCCACAAAGUAUACUGUAUGAGACCAAGCGUGGUGAUAGCAUCAAGAUCAUCGACUUUGGUCUAGCCGCCAAGUUAGAUCCAGAUGAAAGGGUAAAGAUUGCUUACGCCGAACCAGACUAUGCUUCACCGGAGGUUCUCAAUGGCGACCAGGUCGGCUUCUCAACAGAUAUGUGGAGCAUUGGUCUCAUCGUCUACAUGCUUCUGAGUGGUCUCCAUCCGUUUGAGAACGAUGCAGACAGGAUACGAUCGUGUAAGUGGUCCUUUGACAAGUCAGCGUUCAGGGAGAUCUCACCGGAAGCACAAGACUUCAUCAGCAGAUUACUCAUCAAGGAUAAGUCAGAAAGAAUGGCAGCACACGAAGCACUAGACCACCCCUGGCUUAGGGAAAAGGAUAUCUUUGAUUUUGGGGAGCAAGACUUCAGAGGAGGAGCAAAGAACAUCCCAACAGCAAACCACAAAGCAUUGGUUGACAGUGGAAAGUGGCUGGAAGGAGAACAUAAGAUCGGACUUGGUCGUAUCGCAAACUUUGGUGGACAGAGGAGAAGGAAACCACUCAAGACAGACUUCAAAGAAGAUCUAUCCAUUGACCGAAAGGAAGGCAAACCAAGGUUUAUCAAGAGACCCAUCAACACCAGUGCCAUGGAAGAUAGGGACGUCCAUCUUAGCUGCCAAGUCGCUGGAGUGUCACCGCCAAUUGUCACAUGGUCAGUCAACGGCAAUGACUUGAAGCAAUCGCUCAAAUUCAAGCAGAAGUUUGACAACCUCAACUACGGUCUACAGAUUUCAGGAGCACAGCUCUCAGACGCAGGUACAUACACGGUCGCCGCAACCAACUCCUUUGGAAGGACGACGUUCGACGUCAAGGUCAACAUUGAACCCGAUCCAAUGAAGCAAAAGGCUGCCCAAAGACAACCAAGAUUCAAGUUGGAUGACAUCAAGCCAGACUGCAGUCCUUGGUUUGAGUUCAAGCUAAGAUCACGUAUCAUCCAGGAGAACUCUAGCUUCAAGCUAAGCUGUAUCACUGCCGGCUAUCCCGAACCAAAGGUCACAUGGUACUACAAUGGUGAGCUCAUCGUCAAGGGAAGCGGCGACUUCAAGCAAGAAUACGGCUACCGUCUCUGGACCCUCGACUGCGACCGUGCCCUCCUUUCCCACUCCGGUCGCUACUCGGCCGUCUGCGAGAACUCGCACGGUACCGGCGAGACGGAGUGCAUCGUCAAGGUCCAAGUCCGUGACCCCAACAGGAAGCAGGAGCACCAGGAGACGAGGUCCAUGAGGAGAAGGAAGGAGGUAUCCGACGACACCGAGGAGUCCAGCUACAGGGAGUACAAGAGCAGCAGAACGACGGAGGAGUCUUCGUCAUCGUCGACCAGGAGGUCCAGGAGAGAGGCUUCGUCAUACGAUGAAGAAACGGUCAGUAGCUCGUCGUCAUCGCGGAAACAGCAGCAGCAGAAGCAAGAAGAGGAGGAGGAGAUUGACAUCGACCUCGACGCCCCGGAGACAGAGAAGGCUGCCCUCAUGAUCCAGAAGGGAUUCCGUGGACUCAAGUCGAGGAAGGGCAAGAAGACAGGAGGUGAAUCAAGAGAGGAGGUCUCAGAGCAGAGGUCAGAGUCUCGCAGGACAGAGAGGUCAGAUGUUGUCGAUGGCCAAGCAACGGGAGAGGUAGAGGCAGGCUACAGCAGCAUGUCAGCCCACAGAGAAACAGUACAAGAAGGAGACGAACCUGCUCAAACAACAGGAGAGAUCUCUGUAGCCCAAGGUGAGAUGCAAGCCGAGAUGGAGCUUGACAUGACUGACCCUGAUGCACAGGUUAGGGUGACCGGCGACGCUGCACAGUACUCGACUACCGCGGACGCCGCUGAUGGCUCAUCAGUCCCAGGCUACCAAGGUCCCGUCGUGCUCCAGAGACCAGAAUCUCAGACCGUUGAAGAAGGUCAGGCUGCAAACUUCUGUCUCCAGCUUGAAAGCCCUGCUGAUGUUGUUUCUUGGAUCUUCAAUGGCAAUGAGAUCGAGGAUGGCGGCCGCUUCAAGGUCUGGUCUGAAGACACAAGCUACUUCCUAAGCAUCCCCUUGGCUCUCUCCACGGACUCCGGAAACUACACCGCCCGCGCUGCCAACGACAGUGGCGAGUGCUCCACGACCUUCAUCCUGAACAUCACCACACCUGAAGAGGGUGCUGUUGAAGAAAUCGACGUCCAAGCCCUGAUUGACUCGGUCCAGGAAUAAAUCUUGAACAAAGGUUAAACAAAUCAAGAAACAAAACCAAGAAAAACUCUUAAAGAACCAAGAAUUUGAAUGUUUUUGGAAUGGAAACAAGCAAAAAAAAAAAGAUAUGAUGGACGCCCGUGACAACUCCAGAGAAGAAAUGAAGAUAAAACGUAGAGAAAACAUGACUUGGAAUCCGCACACUUCACGAGAAUUUAGAUAUAGCUGUAUAGCUGAAUAGGCAGAGAUGACCAGUUUGUUCUGUGUUCUGUCUGUCUUGUAUUAGUUUACCUUUUCUCUUGAAUGAAUUGAUUUAUUGAUUAAUUCAGUUCUUGAAUCUUUAUUCUUAUAAUAAUGUUAUAGAUAUUUUCUGUCUAGAUAUUGCAAAAGAGCAUUAGAAGCUUAUAGCAAUUAAUUUGUCUUUGAUAAAAGAGUAUUAUUUAUAUCUAUGCAUAUAAAGCUUAAUUCUGUGAUGACUUUUAUAAGUGUGGAAUAUAUUUGGUAUUACUGUGUAUUUAUUCAAACUAUGAUUUCGAAAAACUGGUCAUCUCGAUUUUGAAGACAAAACUGCCCCUGGGACAUGGCAAACGUAUUUCACACUCACACAGGUCAGAGGUCAUUUAGUUUAGCUGAACUGCCCUCUAGUCUUCCUCACAGUCUUUUCUUUUCAUAUCUGUGAUUUCUUUUGUAUUCAAAGAUUUAUAAGAGGCAAGCUGUAAAUAGGAAUCAUUGCAUGCAUUACGAGGAAUGUGAGUUUAAAAGGAGAAUAACUUGAUUUUUAUACAUAUACGUCGUUUUGAGACGAUGAUAGAGAGUCAAUCCACUGAAAAGUUGGAGGGACAAGUGGAUUGUGUAGAUUAUACAGUAUAGUGGCGUGAAGAUUGUCAGUGCGACAUGGAAUCCAAUUUUGUGCCUAAAAUUCACAAAUUAUCAUUUUUUUAACACACCUUAAUUUGUGAUGAAAACGAUGCAAAUUGCUUUUCAUGUUGGAGAUGUCACUGCUCAGAUGCCAAGUGUAUGUGAGAUGAUAGCAUAUUGCCUUUAGGAAGUAAACCUAUCAUUCUCACAGAGUGGAAAAAUGCCUUGAAAUUUACUUUUGUAAGUAUCCUCAGCACCACUUCAUCACUUUGGAGAAUCUGUAACGCCCUUUUAUAAUGUAUAGAAUAUUAUAUUUAUUAUGAGUAUGCAAAAUUUGCAACUCGACAAAGUACUGUGAUCUAUGAAAAAAAAAUAUGAGUGCAAUUGUGAUGAUGAUGAUGAUGAUUAAUUUUCAUACAUUUUCUGUUUGUUAUUUAAACAUUUCUCUCUUUAUUUUGUGCGUCUUGCUUGCCUUAAUUUUGCCAUGUUCCCACUGAUAUUUCAAAGAAAAAAAAAAGAGUAACAAUUAAAAAUACUAAUUGCAGUGCCAUGUUAAACUUAGAGGGGCAGCCAUCUAAAUAAAUCUGUACGCAGAAUACAACAGAGAA